AUGGUGGUGGUGGAGGUGAUGGUGGCUGGGGGGUUUGGGGGGCAUAGACAGAUAAGAAGAGUUGGGGGUGCACAGGAGCUGGGGGAGAGGCCCGGAGAGCAGAGAGGUGCAGCAGAGAGAGGAGGGGGAAGUGGGCACUUUCCUGACGCUGCUGCUGAUGGCGGCCCCUCAGAUGGAUCAUGUGACCGACUGCGCCAGCUGGGAACAGCCAGCAGAGCGCCUGCCAAGAGGGACACAGUCUCUCUCACUCCUCUCUUCCUUUGCAAAUCCCUCCUGUUCUUUGACCUCUCUCUCGCCUCUCGCUGGCCCCCCACCUCCUCUCCCUCCCCGCGCCUGCCCUCCAUCAUCCUUCUCUGGGUCCGCUCGCUCUGUGCAGCCUCCAUCCUCCAGGAGACGCUGCAUGUGCACUCACCACAGGCGCGCCGUGCGGCUCCUGGUGCGGACCCCGCUCUUCUCUUCACUUGUGCGGCUGAGCCGCCAGCGCCCAGCGCUCCUUCAUCCGGACUGAAGACGCACUGCCCAGACUUCCCCCAGAACCCUGUGUCUGCUCUGGUUCUGUCGCGCCAACAGUGA